AUGACUUCCUACCAGACCUAUCAGCCAAGCUCCUCCUUCUAUACCCCUUCGCACCCUUCCUCCUCGCAGCGCCUCUCCUUCCUCCCACCAAGCCAGGCGUCCUCUUCCUCCUACCAGCACAGCUACCAGUCGCACUCUUCUUUUCUCUCUCGAUUGGAUCAAAUUCAGGAGCUGGGAGGCAGAGCGGCUUUUAGGAUCCCAGACACGCAGAGAUUCCAUAGACCUCUGGUGGGACAUGCAGGCUGUGUAAAUGCGCUCUGUUGGAGUGAGAGCGGAGAGAUGUUGGCGAGUGGAAGUGACGAUACCAGAGUUGUCCUCUGGAAAGUGGGCACAUCCCAUAUCCACCCGACCGCCAACGAGCGAGCUCCUCAAAGAUACCUACCCUACAGCUUCCGUGCAGGCACGGGUCAGGAUCGAUCUACCCGCCCCGACCAGCAGACCACACGCGUAGGCGGUCAUGAAGAUGAAGACGAGGACAACGUCGACGGUCCGCUUCAUGGCGCAGAUUAUCCCUUACUAGAGAUGGGCAUGGCAUCAGUGAUUCAGACGGGCCAUACAGCCAACAUCUUCUCGGUUGCCUUCGCUCCGCACUCUUCUGAUUCCAGGAUCUUUACUGCAGCAGGAGAUGCGACUAUGAGAGUGUUCGACAUCGGCUCGUCGAGCGCGGGAAUGGGAACAAGGGUCAGUCACCCCGAUGGGCGGUGGUACGACCGCUUUGACCAAGGCAGUGGAGGGGUCAAUUGUAGGGUUCUGAAGUGCCAUAGACGGAGAGUGAAGAGAUUGGCGACAGAGAACAGCCCGGACAUCUUUCUUAGUGUUGGAGAGGAUGGCGAUGUUCGCUCCACAGAUCUGCGGACUUCACAUAUUUGCCGGACCAACUGCCCCCGCCCUCUCCUCCAUUCCUUCACAUCUCUCUACUCCCUCUCCCUCUCGAAGCUACAGCCCUAUCUUUUCGCAGUCGCAGGCGAGUCACCCUAUACAUACCUCUACGACCGCCGCAUGAUCGGCCGAGUGAUCAAAGACGAGUGGGGCAUGUCGAUGACCAACAGUGAUGAAGCCCUUCUCACAAAAUGCGUCAGAAGGUACGGUCUACCACAAGGCAGUUGGGAUGGCGACUGCUCGGUACAGGACGAAUCCGCUAGGAGGCCAAUGUCGAGGACGAGCCAUAUCACCGCCGUGAAGAUCAGCGAGCACAACGGGAACGAUUUGAUCGCUACUUACUCCAACGGAGCCAUCUAUCGCUUUGGCAUCAGAGACGAAGAGGGAGGUCUGCAUCAUGUGCAGGAUAGAUUGCCUGUUGGCUGGGAGACAGGCAGCACGGCUGCUGCGACUGGAGGAACGAAAGCGUCCGGCAGAGAGAGGAAGAGAGGAUCUUCGUCUUCCUCGUCGGGGUUCCCAGCGAUCCCCGAAAAAGAAGCCGUCCACACGAUACCAUCAGCAGGAGGCAAGACUUCUACUCGGAUCCUGGCAAGACCAGAAGCCCAGGACGCAGCGCGGCGGUUGCCCUCCGCUCGCCUAUCAGAGACUACUGCGCAGAUGUCUCAAGGCCCCCGUGAGCAGGACUGGAGACGAGCUUUCGUCGACGAAGAGGAAGAGGAUGAGGAUGAGAGUAGUAGCAGCGGAAGCGAAUCGCCUACCGAACAAGAGGCGCAGGGCUUUCCUCUGUACCAGCAACUCCUGGCCGACGGGGAAGCCGGUUCCCUGGAGAUGUCAUCCUCCUCGUCUUCAUCCGAGGCAAGCUUGGCGUCUGCACAAGAGGAGGAAGAAGGGGACUCAGUCGAGUGGGAAGAUGUUGACAGUGAUGAGCAGGGUCCUUCCCGAAGACGAAGACGAGAGCCAAAUUGGUUCAACGAUCCUGAGGUUGACGAUCUCGUCAUCGACUCCAAUGACGACUCCGAAGACGACGACAGUGAGGGAGAUGGUAGCGACGAUGACGCUGAAGACGAUGGGGAUGGGGAGUCUUUCAGCGACAGCGAAGAAGAUAGCGUUUCCUCCUCGGACCCAGAUCCAGAUGUGGACGACCCUCAGUACGCGCAGAAUGUCCGCCAGGCCUCUCACAAUUAUGUGCCAAUCGUCUACCCUCGUAACCCGCGAUAUAUGGGUCACCUCAACAGCGAGACGGUGAAAGAAGUCAACUUUCUAGGUCCACACGACGAGUAUAUCGUUAGUGGCUCAGACGACGGGAACUUCUUCGUGUGGGACAAAGCCAGUGGGGAGCUGCUAGGCAUCUGGGAGGGCGAUGGGUCCGUGGUCAAUGUCGUCGUACCCCACCCUACCUUGCCUGUCUUGGCUGUCAGUGGCAUCGAUGACACAGUCAAGCUCUUUGGCCCUGUCAGUCGCUAUACUGCAGGUCAGAGCAGCGAAAAGGGAAGUAAGGAUCUUCGAGACAUGAGCCGCAUGGCCGACAAGGAGACCAUCGUCGAGCGCAAUACCUUUAGACGUCGGCGCAGUCAUGGCAUGUUCGGCAUGGGCACCGAUGAUGAUGAAGGCGACGAGGACGAAGAUGGCCUCGAGGAUGAGUACGAACGUGAAGACUAUCUUACGCGCUCGGCCUUUCAGAAUGUGUUGAUGCGUGCGAGCAUGGCAGCUGGAGCGGGGCCGGGCGGGGAAGGGGGAGAGCACCCUGCAUCACACCAAUGCGGACCUCAGUGA